AUGGCACAGGCUAGUGCCCGUGUGCUGCAGAGCGGCAUGCGCCUGCCUCCCAUGCCCACAAUUCGGGAGCUGGUGAAGCUCUACAGGCUGCAGGCCAGGAAACAACUAAGUCAGAACUUCCUCAUGGACGAGCGGCUCACGGACAAGAUUGUCAAGUCAGCGGGACGCAUCGAUCCAAGGGAUUUGGUACUGGAGGUGGGUCCCGGUCCCGGCGGCAUCACUCGCUCCAUUCUUCGCCGGCAGCCGCAGCGAUUGGUGCUCGUGGAGAAGGAUCCGCGCUUCGGCGAAACACUGCAGCUACUCAAGGAGUGUGCCAGUCCCCUAAACAUCCAGUUCGACAUCCACUACGAUGAUAUACUGCGCUUCAACAUGGAGCAGCACAUCCCGGACACCUCCCAGAGAAUCCAUUUGAUUGGCAACCUGCCCUUUGCCAUCUCCACUCGGCUGCUGAUCAACUGGUACGCUGAUUUGGCCGCCAGACGUGGUGCCUUCCGGCGCAUUGACACCUGCAUGACUCUGACCUUCCAGCAGGAGGUGGCGGAGCGUAUUUGUGCCCCUGUGGGCGGUGAGCAGCGCUGCCGGCUGUCGGUGAUGUCGCAGGUUUGGACGGAGCCCAUCUUGAAGUUCACCAUACCAGGCAAGGCGUUCGUUCCAAAACCGCAAGUGGAUGUGGGCGUCGUAAAGCUCAUUCCCCUAAAGCGCCCCAAGACGCAGUUGCCGUUUCCUCUUGUGGAGCGCGUAGUGCGUCACAUCUUUAGCAUGCGCCAGAAGUACUGCCGCCGCGGCUAUGGCACUUUACUUCCACCAGAGGAUCGCGAGGAGGUUACCCAAAAGCUCUUUCAGCGCGCCGAAGUGCAGGAUACGCUGCGUCCCUUUGAACUAACCGUGGAUCAGUGCUUAAGAUUGGCCGAAGUCUACUCGGAGCACUUGGUGGCCCAUCCCGAGGUAGCUGCCUACGAUUACCGGGCGCCCAAGAAUGUGGAGGUCCUCUAAAGCAACGAUUUCACUCCUGUUUAUAAAUAUGGUAAAAUGUAUUUAAUUAGUUGAGUAAACAAGACUCUAAAAGCUGUAAA